AUGGAGGGAGGAGCCGAUGGAACCGUUCGCGUCGGUGGUCUAAACACCAAGCCUGGUCGCGGAUUCGAAUUGGAGACGGAUGUGGCCGUUUCGUCGCCGGUGACUCGUCAGAAAGCUGCCGCUGCUAAGCAGUUUAUCGAGAAUCACUACAAAAAUUACUUGCAAGGUCUCCACGAACGAAUGGAGAGACGCAGAGAGUUUCAGCGGAAAGUGCAAGAAGCUCAGCUACCUGUUGAAGAACAAGACGAGAUGAUGAGGAAUCUGGCUCGUCGUGAAACUGAGUACAUGAGGCUUCAGAGACGUAAGAUUGGGAUCGACGACUUUGAGCUGUUGACCGUCAUCGGAAAAGGUGCCUUUGGUGAGGUUAGAUUAUGCCGUUUGAGAUCUACAGGAGAGGUUUAUGCUAUGAAGAAAUUGAAGAAAACUGAGAUGCUUAGCCGUGGACAGGUUGAGCAUGUAAGGUCCGAGAGGAACUUACUUGCAGAGGUUGACAGCCGUUACAUUGUAAAGCUUUUCUACUCUUUUCAAGAUUCCGAGUGUUUGUAUCUUAUCAUGGAGUAUUUACCUGGCGGUGACAUCAUGACUUUACUGAUGAGAGAAGACAUUCUUUCUGAAGAUGUUGCCCGCUUUUAUAUUGCGGAGAGCAUUCUUGCUAUUCAUUCAAUCCAUCAACACAACUAUGUUCACAGGGACAUCAAACCUGAUAAUUUGAUACUAGACAAAAGUGGGCAUUUGAAGCUUUCAGAUUUUGGCUUGUGUAAGCCACUUGAUGAUAAGUAUUCUUCACUGUUAUUAGAAGAUGAAGAAAUGCUGUCUCAGGAGGCAGAGAGCCAGUCAGGAAAAGCAGACUCAUGGCAAAUGCCUAAAGAGCAGUUGUUGCAGUGGAAGCGCAAUCGCCGCGCAUUGGCUUAUUCAACCGUUGGGACUCUUGAUUACAUGGCUCCAGAAGUAUUACUUAAGAAAGGAUAUGGAAUGGAAUGUGACUGGUGGUCUCUCGGCGCAAUUUUGUAUGAGAUGUUAGUUGGGUAUCCUCCAUUCUGUUCUGAUGACCCGCGUAUAACAUGCCGCAAGAUAAUUAAUUGGAGGGUAUGCUUGAAAUUCCCUGAAGAACCUAAAAUAUCAGAUGAAGCGAGGGACUUGAUUUGUCGUUUGCUAUGUGAUGUUGAUUCAAGGUUGGGAACCAGAGGCGUAGAGGAGAUAAAGUCGCAUCCAUGGUUCAACGGCACCGAAUGGGAGAAGCUGUAUGAAAUGGAGGCAGCUUAUAGACCAACUGUUGAUGGAGAACUUGACACACAAAAUUUUGAGAAGUUCCCUGAAGUUGAAGGAGCGCCAUCCGAAGCACCACAUGUUGGUCCUUGGAGAAAGAUGUUGACGUCCAAGGACACCAACUUCAUAGGAUUUACAUUUAAAAAGUCAGACAUUACAAGAUCAAUGGAAAAUACAGGUACGGACAUGAAAUCAAAUGGAUCAGGGGAAGCCCCGUCGUUGAUAUCAUUGUUAGGUCGGAUCAAUAUGGAAGACGCUGAAGGUGGUGAAUUAAAACAAAAGACAUAG